AUGGCGCUUCUCACGACGGAGCUAACCGCAGCAGAAGAAGAGGUCAGGUCUUCAGAAAAGAUUGAAACCCUCAUCAAGACUUGGGCCGACAAGGCAGGCAACUGCAGCUGUAGUAAGACUGCUUUCUCCCAAAGACACACCGAAAGGAUUAGCGAAGGCUUUGGCUUCGGCAUCCGCUCCAUGCAAGAACAUCAAGUCAAGAGACGGUACAUGUUCACUACCUUUCUAGGCCGAGCGGUCAAGAUCGUUGUGCGUGAACGGAGCCAUUCGCAGACGAGGGCUCAGACACUAUGGAACGAGUUCAAAUGCCUCAAGGCGGCCGGAACCCACGCCAAUAUCACACAAUUCCACGAAUUCGUCCUCACACCUCAACAAGCGCUCCUGACAAUGAAGUACUAUCCCUUAACAAUGGAAACGCCUACCCCAGCAGAGCUCUACUCUGGGCCAGACGGAUACUUCAGCCAGCUUUCUUCAUGUAUCGCCUGGCUCCACGAUAAACUGGUCACCCACGGCGACCUCAAACCGGGCAAUAUAAUGGUCGACAUUGACUUUGGCUUCGCUGCGCUCCACGAGAAACAAACUUUCUUGACCCGAUCAACUUGGGGCACCCCAGAAUACCUCAGCCCUGAGCGGUAUAAAGGCAUGCUUCACGAUGCAAGGUUGGCCGACAUCUGGUCUCUAGGUGUCACCUACUUUGAGAUCGCAGUGGGAAGGUCGCCCUUUGAGUAUUUUAACGAGACGUUCGCAGACCGCGAGAAUCAGCACCUCUACUACCAGAGGACACUCGAGCAAUGGGUGGGGACGUGGUCCAUCGAUAAAGAGCUUGAAGAUCUCAUCCAUCACAUGCUCGAGGUCUCUCCGCUUGAGCGCCCUUUUGGAGCAGCGUUGACCAGACAUCCUUUCUUUGCCCCAAGUCACCCGCCGCUCUCCACUCCUCCGACGACGGCAUCCUUCUCUGCUCAUGGCAUCAAUCGUGAGCUCGACCAAGGCCCGUCGAUCGGACACGAAGUUAUGGUUCCAGGCCUCUGCAACACCUGGCCAUCGCUGCAGGAGCGUCACAAAACACAAAAAGAGAUCGGGAUCAGGGCAGCUCCUGACAAGGAGACAAACUUACAAGUUUCCUCGUUUGACGAAGACUACUUGGAGGAGGUUGGAGACAAAGGAACGUCGCAUCGAAAGACAUCAGAUCAUGGCGCGUCCACGACCAAAGCUCGACGUCACCAUUUUCGGGGCUUUUCUUCUAAGUCAAUAGAGGACGAUGUGAUCGAAGCAAGCUCGAUAGAGAGGAGAGAGCGGACACUGGUACUUCGUAAUGGGCCCCGCCAGAUCUCAUCAGAGCAACACGAAGACAAUCACAGCGAUAGCUCGUUAUCCUCUGUAGCUCUCUCUGCCUUCCAUUCAAACCGGUCUUCACAACUCGGCGAUCGCUCACUUGUUCCUGGCUCGACAAGCGGCAUCGGCCCCCUUCGGUCGAGUCGAGGCAGUUCCGCGCCGAUGUCUCACAGAGUCAUGACAGCCUCAAAGCGGACGCAAGCAGUUUGCGAUGCUACCUUGACGACUAAAUUUGAGAAUAUCACCGACGACUGCUCUUCUCCUUCUUUUUCAAUUUCGUCAGAAGGAAUGGUCUACAUCCAUGACAACAUAUCUCGGGUCAAGGACGAACCGUCCCAGAGCACGUACCAAGUUUCUCGCUUUUCGGAGCUCAAGACUCGCCUCGGCACAAUACUGGCCAAGAACGAGCAGCAUGAAGGUGCUGCACCUCCAUCUCCGCGACAAUCUCCGCUGAAAAAGCUCUUAUCCAGAGGAACCAAAGUUGACAGGCGUGUGGCAGGGGCAAGGGUGGGCGCACGCUCCGAGUCCGAGGCUGGUGGCCUGAUCAGAAAUCUCUCGUUGACGUUCGUCAAUGGUACAGUCAAUGGUACGGUCAAUGGUCACGGUCCCUACCAAGAUGUCUCUCUCCGUUACAGAGAGCAUCGCAAGGGAGACAACAGGCCCGCUUCAAAUCCGCUAUUGAAACUAGCGGGAAGAACAGAGAAUUCCGAGGCCGUGGUGAUGCAGACCGCUUUCGACCUGCUUGUCACGCCAGUUGCCAACGCUGACGGUCAGUCCUGGCCUUUCAAGCGUCUGGAAGACUAA